AGAGUAACCGUAACAUUCCCUUCCUCCGGUGAGCAAAACCUAACUUCCUUCCCACCAACUGAACUCCGCUACUAUUUAAACCCCCAAAAUUCUAUAUGUAACAAUCACUCUGAGAAAAGAGAGAGUCACCUACUCCCACCCCUCUCUUGCUAACUAGGUUCCAAUUCCAUUCCUUUUGGUUCUGUCGUCUUCUCUCUCGUAUUCUCCAAACCAGCCAUAGUUUCUUCCAUUUCUCAAUUUUAUUUGAAUCCCACUUCUCAAAUGGGUAUUUUUCAGAUACCCAUUUGCGCAAAACCCAAAUCUUUAUAAAGCCAUGAGUGUUACUAAUAAAGCCUAAGAAAAAAAAUUUUAAAAAGCAGGGUUUUGAUUGAUGGGUAGACGUGAAAUCAAGAUAUUUGAUGACAAAAGGGAUGGAAUUGGAUUUCUCUCAAUCUCUGAUUUGGGGUGUCAUUGGAGUUCCCAAGAUGGGCAAUAUCUUCCAAGUGGAGGCCUUUUUGCAAGCGUUAAUCAGAUGGGAAUGGGGUUUCCAAAUUCCAGUGACAAUAGUAGCAUAAAAACUCUGUACAGUGAUUUGUAUGUGAAGUAUUUGUCAUUUGUGGGGGUUCAAGAGGAGGAAGGGACAUUAAAGAAGAAGAAAGGUGUGUUUAAAUUGAAGAUUAAGGUUAAAAAUCCGAUGGUGAGACGGCUAGUUAGUGGAGGGAUAGCUGGAGCUAUCUCAAGAACUGCUGUUGCUCCGUUGGAGACCAUACGGACUCAUUUGAUGGUGGGAAGCAGUGGGAAUACCACCGCUGAAGUUUUCAAUAAUAUAAUGAAAACUGAUGGAUGGAAGGGAUUGUUUAGAGGCAAUUUGGUUAAUGUAAUUCGAGUUGCACCUAGCAAGGCCAUUGAGCUGUUUGUAUAUGACACUGUUAAUAAGAAUCUGUCACCCAAGCCUGGUGAGCAACCUAAACUUCCCAUUUCUGCCUCAUUAGUUGCUGGGGCCUGCGCUGGAGUAAGCUCAACUUUGUGCACAUAUCCACUUGAGUUGGUGAAGACUCGGUUAACCAUACAGAGAGGGGUUUACAGUGGUAUUUUAGAUGCAUUCUUAAAAAUACUGCGAGAAGAGGGGCCUGCAGAACUCUAUAGGGGCCUUGCACCUAGUCUCAUUGGAGUUAUUCCAUAUGCUGCAACAAAUUACUUUGCUUAUGACACAUUACGGAAAGCCUAUCGGAAAGUUUUUAAGCAAGAGAAGAUUGGCAACAUUGAAACCCUUCUAAUUGGAUCAGCUGCUGGAGCUAUUUCAAGUAGUGCGACCUUCCCACUUGAGGUUGCUCGUAAGCACAUGCAGGUUGGAGCUCUCAGUGGAAGACAAGUAUACAAGAAUGUACUUCAUGCACUUGCAAGUAUACUUGAGGAAGAAGGGAUCCAUGGUUUAUAUAAAGGGCUGGGUCCCAGUUGCAUGAAGUUGGUACCUGCAGCUGGGAUAGCUUUUAUGUGUUAUGAAGCGUGCAAGAGGGUACUCGUAGAAGAUGACGAAGAGCAAUAGAAGAGUUGAAAGUAACUUUGAUUUAUAUUGAAGCUUGAUUUAUUUUCAGGAGCUAAAUUCAUUUUGCAGUUUACUUUUUUUUUUUUUUCUUUAAGGUGCUGAGAGCUAUUUUGUUGAGGACUCGGUCAAUAACCUCGUUUGGAAGGUUAGGAAAUACAGUUUUCUGUUUUUGUUCUCCCAUGGUUAAAAAGAAUCGAACAGACAAAGCUGACAUAUUACACUGUCGUUUAA